UUGCUUGCCCGCCGCAGUUGAGUGCGCGAAAGGCGCGGAGACGAGCGGAGCGUGCGCGUCAAGCCGUGGGUCCGCGGACCGUCCACUGACGUGGGGAUUUGUUUCCUUUCCUCUCCCGCUCCGUGGUCACCUCGGCGGGCUGCAGGAGACAUGUGGAAGACCGGCGGGAGCGCGCGGCGCGUAACCCUGCUGUGCGCGCUGCUGGCUCUGUGCGCGGAGGUGUCGUGGUCCACAGGAUACUUUGAGCUCCAGUUGCUGUCACUGGACAAUCCCAAAGGUCAGCUGCAGAGCGGCGAAUGCUGCGACCCGAGUCCCGGCGAGGACCCGGAGAGCUGCGGCGCGGACGAGUGCGACACGUACGUGCGCGUGUGCUUGAAGGAAUACCAGACGGAGGUGAGCCCCAGCGGAGCGUGCACGUACGGCCGGGAGACCACCAAGGUGCUCGGCGGGAAUACUUUUCAGUUCAAGGGCGGACAGAGCCGCGGUCAGGACGCCGGGAGGAUCCUCAUCCCUUUCCAGUUUGCGUGGCCGCGAGCGUUCACGGUGAUCGUGGAGGCGUGGGACCAGGACAACAGCACCCACAACAAAGACGACGAGCUGCUGAUCGGGCGCAGCGUCCACAAAGGAAUGCUCAAUCCCGGCGAGGAGAAGCAGACCUUGGAGUUCCAAAGCCCGAGCGCCGGCAUGGAAUUCAGCAUCCGUGUGCGCUGCGACGAGCAUUACUACGGCAGCAAGUGCAACAAGGUGUGCCGACCCCGGGACGACUACUUCGGACACUACGUGUGCGACCAGCUGGGCAACCAAGGCUGCAUGGAGGGCUGGACCGGCCCGGACUGCAAGACCGCCAUCUGCAAGCCGGGAUGCAGCCUCAUGCACGCCACGUGCGACGUCCCCGGCGAGUGCACGUGUAACUACGGCUGGCGGGGUCCGUUCUGUGACGAAUGUUUGCAGUACCCGGGGUGUGUCCACGGCACCUGCACCAAGCCCUGGCAGUGCACGUGUGAGAAGAACUGGGGAGGCCUGCUCUGUGACAAAGAUCUGAACUACUGCGGGACCAACCGUCCAUGUAAGAACGGGGGCACGUGCAUGAACACAGAACCAGAUGAGUACAACUGCGUCUGUCCGGACGGAUACUCGGGCAAGAACUGCGAGAUCGCUGAGCACGCCUGUGUUUCCAACCCCUGUGCCAACGGCGGGACUUGCCAUGAGGUCCAGUCGGGAUUUGAGUGUAUCUGCCCCGCUGGCUGGUCUGGACCCACCUGUGCUAAAGACACUGACGAAUGUGCUUCCAGUCCCUGUGCUAACGGCGGGACUUGCAUCGACCAGGAGAACGCCUUCGAGUGUCUCUGCACCCCCCAGUGGACGGGACAGACCUGCCAGAUAGACGCUAACGAGUGUGAGGCCGAGCCUUGCCUCAAUGCUUACUCUUGCAAAAACUUGAUUGGCGGAUAUCACUGUGCCUGUUUCCCCGGAUGGAUCGGCCAUAAGUGUGACAUCAACGUGAACAGCUGCGAUGGACAGUGUCGGAAUGGAGGAAGCUGCAAGGAGGCGGUCAGGGGCUACCAGUGUGUCUGCCGGCCCGGUUUUGUGGGUCGGCACUGCGAGCUCCAGAGGAACCUCUGUUCCAGCGCCCCGUGCAGGAAUGGCGGCCGGUGCCACAACCUGCUGGACGGGUUCAUGUGUGAAUGUCUGCCGGGGUUCUCCGGGAGAAUCUGUGAGCAGCUGCAAAAGGACCCGUGCAGCCCCAACCCGUGUCACAACCAGGUCCAGUGUCACACCACGACGGGGGGGGACUUCUACUGCAGGUGUCCUGAGGACUACGAGGGGAAGACCUGCUCAGAACUGAAGGACCACUGCAAGACCAACCACUGUCAAGUAAUCGACAGCUGCACCGUUGCCGUGGCCACCAACGACAGCCAAAACGGGGUGUGGCACAUUUCGUCCAACGUUUGCGGACCUCGCGGACGCUGCAUCAGCCUUCCUGCCGGGAACUUCAGCUGCUCCUGCCAGCCUGGAUUCACUGGAACCUACUGCCACCAGAAUAUCAAUGACUGUGAGUCGUCUCCAUGUCAAAAUGGAGGAACUUGCAUCGACGGGGUCAACUCGUUCCGGUGCUUCUGCCCGGCCGGCUGGGAAGGAAACCUCUGCCAUGUUGACGUCAACGAGUGCAGCAAGAAGCCGUGCGAGAACGGGGGCGUGUGUGUGGACCUCCUGGAUGACUUCUACUGCGACUGUGUGGACAACUGGAAAGGGAAAAGGUGCAACUCACGUGAGAGUCAGUGCGACGCCAGCACCUGCCGCAACGGAGGAACAUGUUACGACCACGGGGACGCCUUCCUGUGCCGCUGCCCCCCCGGUUGGCAUGGCAACACCUGCAACACGGUGAGAAACAGCACAUGUCAGUCCAGUCCGUGUGAGAAUGGCGGCACGUGUGUGGGCCGGCAGGACAACUUCUCCUGUGUCUGCAGGGAUGGAUGGGAGGGAGCCACCUGUGCACACAACGCUGACGACUGCAGCCCACACCCCUGCUACAACGGAGGCAAAUGUGUCGACGGCGAGAACUGGUUCCGCUGCGAAUGUGCCCCCGGUUUCGCCGGACCAGACUGCCGCAUCAACGUGGACGAGUGUCAGUCCUCCCCCUGCGCCCAAGGCUCCACCUGCGUGGACGAGAUCGACGCCUUCCGCUGUCUCUGUCCUCCCGGACGCGCCGGGGUCGGAUGUGAGGAGGUGCUGGGUCUCGGCAAGUCCUGUCGUCACGCCGGUCUUCAGUUUCCUCACGGCGGUCGCUGGGACGAGGAUUGCAACACGUGUCAGUGCGUGGAUGGCUCCGCCCACUGCUCCAAGGUGAUGUGCGGUCGUCGGCCCUGUCUCCUCCCGACUACUUCCUCUCCGGACCGCCAGGCCUCGCCGGCCUGCCCGGGGGGCCACGAGUGCGUGGGCCACCGGUUCCUCACCUGCUUCUCGCCGCCGUGCCACCGGUGGGGCGUGUGCUCCACGCCGGAGCCGCCCCCGCCCGUGCACACGCAGUGCCAGCCCAACAGCGGUUACCUUGACGACAGCUGCGCUCACGUCACGCUCAUCUUCAGGAAGGACAAGGUGCCGCAGGGAACCACGGUGGAGAACAUCUGCUGGGAGAUCCGCCACCUUCCUGUCACCCGGACGCUGGCCCAGGAGCGAGCGCUGCUCAUCCUCUGUGACCUGUCCUACUCCAACUCGGACGCCGUGGAGGUUGCCAUGUCCCUGGAACAGGACGUGGGCUCCAAGACGGGCGAGCGUGGGCAGAUCCACAAGGCGGCCAGCGCCGUCAUCGCAGCCUUGUCCAGGCGCCACAACAGCAGCGUCAUGCUGGCGGUGGUGGAGGUCAAAGUCGAGACGCGGGCGGACGCCGCUUCUGUGGGCUACGCGGUGCCGCUGCUCUGCGUGCUCUUCUGCGCCGCCUGGGUCUCCUGCAUCGUGGUGUGCGUCUGGUGGACCCGCAAGAGGAAGAAAGAGCGCGAGAGGCGGUCCCGCCGGGAGGACGGGGCCGUCAACAACCGCCUGGCGCCGGAGCGAAGCCCCGCCCCUAAAGACAACCGCCACAAAGACAUUCAGUACGAAUGCAAGAAACUGAUGGGCGCGCAGGAGCGGGCGUGCGACGGCGCCGACGGCGAGGAAGGGGACGAGGAGAGGACGCCAGGCGGGUGUGCGUCAACAAAGUGCCCGGAGGGGGCGGAGCAGGACAAGGGGGCGGCGGCCGGGGGCGGGGUCGUUGUCGUAUGCACCAAGCGCAGCGGGCCGCUCAAAGCGCCGCACCGGACGGCCUACAGCCCCAAAGACAACCGCUGCAAAAACCUCAACGCCGCCGCUCUGGGCGAGGACGUCAGAGACCACUACGUGUGAGCUCGCCGCAGGGGGCGGAGCCUGACUGUUUUCAGCCUGGCAGGAAAUGAAGAUUCGAACGCGUGCCUUUUGCAGCUCCUCUUCACGUGUGACUGGCAGCUUACUUCCUAUUGGCCCUCCUUGCCUUAGCCCCGCCCACCGGGCCUCUUUUCUACACUGGUCUCGUUUUUUUUUUUUUUUUCAAAGAAGACACCUUUUUAAAAACUGUCCACCUGGCACACGCGCGUUUACAACACAUGUUCCACGCGACCUUUCAAAAUAAUGCUCGCGACUUCCUGCACGGGGUCCUUUCACAGUAAAAGUGCCUUCCACAACAUGUUUGUACAUAUAUUUGUAAAUAUGGACAAUGUGUACAUUUUACUUUGAUAACUUAAGUCCUGCUUCCUGUACAAUUCUCAUGAAUAUUAUUACGGCGCGCUUUA